UUGAUUGCAGAUUCCACAUGUUCUUUCCCUGUUGUGCCUCUACCCUUUUCCUAGGAAGUCAUGCAAAACCAAAGCGUUGUGACUGAGUUCGUGCUCCUGGGGCUCUCACAGAAUCCAAGAGUUCAGAAAAUAGCAUUUGUGGUGUUUUUGUUGAUCUACAUUGCAACUAUGGGGGGCAACAUGCUGAUUGUGGUGACCAUUGUCUGCAGCCCUGCUCUGCUGGGCUCCCCCAUGUACUUCUUCUUGGUAUUCCUGUCAUCUCUGGAUGCCUGCUUCUCCUCAGUUGUCACCCCGAAGACAAUUGCAGACACCGUCUGUGAGAGGAAAACCAUCUCCUAUGAAGGCUGCCUGAUGCAGGUCUUUGGUGUACACUUCCUUGCAGGGGCAGAGGUGAUUGUCCUCACCGCCAUGGCCUAUGACCGCUGCGUGGCCAUUUGCAAGCCCUUGCACUACUCCUCCAUCAUGAACUGGAGGCUCUGUGGCAUUCUGAUGGGCGUAGCCUUGACAGGUGGCUUCCUACACUCUAUGAUUCAAAUUUUCUUUACUUUCCACCUGCCACUAUGUGGCUCCAACAUCAUCGAUCACAUCAUGUGUGACCUGUACCCAUUACUGAAGCUCGCCUGCACUGACACACACAUCUUGCAUCUUUUGGUGGUUGCCAACAGUGGGUCUUUCUGCAUCCUCAUCUUCUCUAUGUUGCUUGUGUCCUAUGGUGUCAUCUUGUUCUCCCUGAGAAAGCACAGUUCUGGAGGGCUGAGGAAGACUCUCUCCACCUGUGGGUCCCACAUUGCUGUGGUGGUUUUAUUUUUUGUUCCAUGUGUUUUUAUGUAUGCACGACCUCCAUCUGCUUACUUCUUUGAUAAAAUUGUGGCCAUAUUUGGCACCAUAUUAACUCCCUUGCUCAAUCCUAUGAUUUAUGCAUUCCAGAAUAAGGACAUGAAGAAUGCAAUGAGAAAAUUAUGGAAGAGAUUCAUGGUGGUUUCUGAUGAAAAAUAAAAUAUUAAACUUCUAAAAGAAAGAAUUUAAAAUAAAGAUGUCAAAAUGGUCUUAAAUAUUUAUGGGGUAGACGAUGUUUACAUGCUUGGAGGUAAUGUAAUACAGUAGAAAAAGCAUUUUCAAAGGCAUCUAGAAAUAAUAUUUUCACCCCAGAUUACCGAUCAACUAUGAACUGGCAACUCAGUAUCCUCAUAUGUCUAUCAAAAUGAUUUGAAUUUAUGCUUACUUUGAAUGUAGUGUUCAA